CUUCGCUUUGAGGGCGGUUCCACGCCAGAAGAUGGGUGGAACUCCUCCGUGGGUUGCAGAGCCGGAGCUUCCCUUCAGUCACAGCGGGCAGAAGCUUUUCCUUCCUGCGCGCGUAGAAGCAGAGCGCGCACACCGCUGCACGGCACGGAUUUUUUUCCCAUUUGUUUUGUUUUUAUUAUAAUCUCCCGUGGAAGAACAAAACUCUCGUGGAAAUCCUUUAUCCUCUGAUGUCUGACGGCGGGUGGAUCUGUCGCAGCGUGUCUGUCGAGGGAAGGUUUUCGCGUCCUGUUUCCACUUUUUACGCACCGUUCUCUCGGAGGUGGGAUGAAUCUGGAGCGGAUCGCAGAGUCUGUGAGAGCACCGCCGAACCGUGACGUGGGCCCCGUAUUUCAUUUACCCAGAACUUCCAGCAGCAGCCGAGAAACUUUAGAGAACUCGAGCAGCGAGUCGUCAGACGCAGAGUUGGCAGAAAAGGAGAGGAGCGCCGAGCACAGGAGCGAUGACGGGAACGCGGAUGAUCCCAAAAAGAAGAAGCAGCGGCGGCAGCGGACUCACUUCACCAGCCAGCAACUGCAGGAGCUGGAGGCCACUUUCCAGAGGAACCGCUACCCGGACAUGAGCACCAGGGAGGAGAUCGCCGUCUGGACCAACCUGACCGAGGCCAGAGUCCGGGUCUGGUUCAAGAACCGGCGGGCCAAGUGGAGGAAGCGUGAACGGAACCAGCAGAUGGACCUGUGUAAGAACAGCUACUUGCCGCAGUUUGGCGGUCUGAUGCAGCCCUAUGAUGACAUGUACCCGGCCUACACCUACAACAACUGGACCAACAAGGGCUUGGCGCCGGCACCGCUGUCCACCAAGAACUUCACCUUCUUCAACUCCAUGAGCCCGCUCACCUCCCAGUCUAUGUUCUCCACCCCGAACUCCAUCUCCUCUAUGACCAUGGCCUCCGGGAUGGGCCACUCAGCCGUGCCGGGCAUGGCGGCCCCGGGCCUCAACAACAUCAGCAACCUGAACGGGAUUGGCACAUCCAGCAUCAACUCAGCCAUGUCGUCGUCCGCUUGUCCAUAUGGACCUCCCGGGUCCCCGUACAGCGUGUACAGGGACACGUGUAAUUCUAGCCUGGCCACGCUGAGACUGAAGUCCAAACAGCACCCCACGUUUGGAUACAGCGGGCUGCAGAGUCCCGGGUCCAGUCUGAACGCGUGUCAGUACAACAGCUGACGGAACAGAACCGCCACCGCAGAACUGGAUUAGCUGCAAAUCAAAACAACCAAACAUGGAUCAUGCGGGUUAAACAUGUUUACCAGUGAACUUGCACAGCAAAUGUCCAGUUUGUUUUUGUUGUUUUUUGUUCUUUUUAAUGAUGAAGACGUGUUACAUUGCUGCAUUGUACAUAGGCUCUGUGUAAAUAUAUACAUAUUCUAUAUAAAUAUAUAUAUAUAUACAGGUCAAACAUAGGACACAAACAAUGGGAUUUUUGCUUUUCCUGCAUGCUCGCCUUUAUGUUUGGAAGCCCAUUUUUGCAAGAUAAAAUGAGAAUUAGAAAUUAAAAUGAACUAAUCCCACAGAUAGACACAACUAUGAAAUGAAAAAAAAUUAUAACUAAGACCUGAUAUAAUGACAUACUAAGUAACAGUAUUUGAAGAUGGAAAAUGACAAUUUUGACAUUUUAAAAAUCUCAGUUAUAUGGGGUAAGCAGUCAUGAUUAUUUUUAUCUCAUCUAUGGCAAAAGCUUGAAAAGUUAAGUUUUUAAUCUUGCAAUAAUAAUAUAGAAAGUUACAAAUGUAAAUUUGGCUUAUCACCCUGAUGCUGUCUUUAAGCCAAAGUUUUGUCUUUUAUAUUGUAAUGACUACUUAGAGUUGAAAUUUUGCCUUAUCUCGCAAUUAUGACUCACAAAUGUGAAAUAGCUUUUUUUUAAUUGCAUAAAGAUCACUUAGAACUCACAAAUUAGAUUUCUGCCUCAUAGUUCUGACCAAUUUUCUGACAUAGAUCAUUCAAAUUUUGACAUUUUAUCAUCAAAUUCAAAUCAGAAUUUGAACUUUGUCUUAGCUUACAGAUAUGAAUUAUAAGUUGAAAAAUGUACUCGUUAAUUUCAUAAUCAUUAUUUUAAAAACAUAAUUUUGACUUUUUAAUCUCAGAUUUUUUUAUGAUUUAGAAAGGUUUUUUUUUACCAUUCAUAUUACAAUUAUGACUUAAAAUGAAAAUUUUCACUUUUUAUUUUAAAAGUAUGAAUUUAAACAUUGAAAUUUUGAGCUUUAUCCCAAUGUUUCAUAAAAGGUUGGCUUUGAGUGGGAUUUGUUUGUUUGUUUUUUUUACCCACAUCAUUCCACAAUUCAUCUUGUUUUCUCUUGGCAGAAAUGAGCUUCCAUGCUUCGGAUCCUCGACCAAAAAUGAUGUGGAAAAAGAAAUAAUGAAAGAAGAAAGGAGAAAAAAAGAACAAGAGUCAAACCUACAGUGAUGAAUUCAAUAAUGAAAAAAGGGGAAAUGUACCCUGUAUUGUAUAUAUCCACAAGUCAUAGCUUCUGUGUGUUUGUUUGAAUCCAUUUUAAAUGUUUUUGGUUCUGCUGCAACACAAACCAGCAUGUUUAAUUUGAGUGGUGCGUGUUUUGUACCAUAAUGUAUAACAUUGUAAAAGUAACUCCAUUAACAUAUAAACUAUAUGUACAAACUGAGUCUUCAUGUGUUUAUACAUGUUUGUUUGAAUAAACUACAAGAGAAGAGAG